AUGGCGAUUCGACUGAGUCGUAAGCAGCGUUUAAUCGCGACGAUUGCUAUUUCGUUUUCCUUCUUCGUGGCUGAGCUCAUUGCCGGGUUUUAUACACACUCUCUUGCGCUGAUCGCCGAUGCGUUCCAUUAUCUGAGCGACUUGAUUGGAUUUGUAGUUGCUUUAGUCGCCGUCAUAAUAUCUGAGCAUCCAACUCCGCCACCACGAGAAUUAACCUUUGGAUGGGCUCGUGCAACCCUUUUGGGCGCAUUUUUCAACGGCGUUUUCCUUUUGGCGCUCGGCGUCAGCAUCCUCGUUCAAGCUAUUGAACGGUUUGUCAAUGUGACAGUCGUCGAUCAACCCAAGAUCGUUUUGAUUAUCGGAAGCAUUGGUUUGGGUCUAAACCUGCUGGUUUUGUCCUUUCUUCACGAACACGAUCACGAUCACGGCCACGAUCACGACCAUGAGCACGCGCACGAACACGAGCACGAACACGAUAGUAAUGGCGGCCAUAGGCAAGAAACGCUCCGCGAGGAGGACGCUGCCACCAAGACGAACAAUGAAACAGCGCCUGAACCAGAGGCGCGAUCAGUAUCGACUUCUAGUGGCCACUAUGAGCACAGGCAUGUGUCGGUCGCACCAUCUCGCCCUGGUAGAGACUUGGGCAUGUUUGGCGUCUUCAUCCACGUAGUUGGUGAUGCCAUCAAUAACAUUGGAGUCAUAGCAUCAGCUCUUAUCAUAUGGAAAGCCCGUGGAGAAGCGCGAUACUAUGCCGAUCCUGCAAUUGGCCUUUUCAUCUCUGUCAUGAUUUUUUUGACCGCUUGGCCAUUGACGAGGAACAGCGGCCGCAUCCUGCUGCAAACCGCUCCCAGCGAAAUAGUUCCCGAUGAUAUCAAGCACGAUAUCGAAAUGAUUCCUGGUAUCGAGUCUGUUCAUGAACUUCAUAUCUGGCGACUGGACCAGCGCAAGUCUAUUGCGACUGCCCAUGUCGUCGUCGAUGGUAGAACCGUCAAAAGUUUCGCAGACAAGGCCAAGGUAAUCAUGGAAUGCCUUCACGCGUAUGGCAUCCACUCGGCAACACUGCAGCCAGAGGUCCGGCCAGACGGUAGCGAGCCAGAGUCUUUGAGCACGUCGGUAUCUCUGGGCUCAGAUGACCUCCUUGAAGAGUCGCCUAGUCACAGUAAAGAUAAAGGCGGGCUGGUUGAGUUUUCUGAUGAUGAGAGUGUCUCCGAGUCUCUGGGGGAUAAAUAA